AAUCGUAAGUGAGCUUAUUGGGAACAGGAAUAAUUAUGACGAGAGGGUAAGAGCUCAUGAUAUAUCAACUGUCUCCUUUAAGCAUAAUUAUAACUAUCUUAUAUCUUAUCGAGUUUCGUCUUGAGACUACCAGCUGGUCGUGUGUUUCCACUGGACAUAUCUCCGUGAUUUAAAUGGUCUGCUAUUAGCAAAUGAUCUUUUUUUACGUAUAGAAAGUAGUUUCCCCCCACCUCAUCCGAGAUCGCUGGUCCGUAUAUGCAAGUAUAAAACUUAUUCUGGAGUAUCUGAGCCGAGGAUGGGUGGUAGUUAAUAAAACAUUUAGUAGCUAACCUAAGUAUGGAGCGGGGAGACUGUGCUCCCCAAUCAUUAUUCCUUUAUACUAUAAGAAUCGGUCGGUUAAACCUGAUAUCAAUAACUGCUGCUGUUGACUGCCGCUAGACAGAGUGAAAGAAAGAUGGGAUCGUCGGAGAGCUUGCUCGAUGUACUGCGAUCAUACAGUGCGGUGGAUUGCGAUACUUUUGAUAUUGAAGUGCCAAAGCAGCUUGGUCCGUUCGUGGAUUGUACGUCAAAUCAGGCAAUCGCAUACCACGAAUUGAUACGUCUUAAUGAAGAUGGAAAGCCUCUACACGCCGGGCUGAUUCGAGAUGCCAUCGACUAUGCGUCGGCGAAACGUUCGUCGUACCCGGACGUGGCCGUAACGGAGCUGGCGGUAGAGACUAUGAUGGUGAAACUGGCUUUGAGAAUAGUACCUUACUUGAAGGGAUAUUCUCAUAUACAGACAAAUCCUAAGUACUCUUACAAUAAGCAGAAGACAAUUGAGAAUGCGAAACGCAUCGUGGCGAUAUUUAAGGAUCUGGACCCAGGGUACGACACCCAGAGGGUUUGCAUUAAGAUACCAUCCACCUGGGAAGGAUUACAAGCAUGUCGCGAAUUGGAAAACCAAGGCAUUUCCACAUUGGCAACAACCAUGUUCUGUCUCGAACAGGCUGCCUUGGCGGCUCAUGUGGGCUGUACCUACAUCGCACCGUACAUCAAUGAGCUGCGAGUGCACUUUGACGAGAAUUACGUCGACCAGCAUAAAGCCUUCGACUUCUGCGGCUCUGCUCAGCGAUACUACGAGAAGAUCGGGAGCAAGACCCAGGUUCUACCCGCUAGCUUGACGUCCAUCCAGGAAGUCAUGAAGCUCGCGGGUGCUCAUCAUAUCACCGUCGCGCCGCAUCUGUUGACCAAGUUAGCGGAGACGCCGGCUAACCCGUGGGAAGGCGAAACUGGGAGUGUUUUUAAGGGUAAAGCAGAGGAAGAAGUGGGCGAUUAUAGCGGUAUAGUGGAGGACGAGAGUGCUUGGCGCUUAGCUUUCACUCGGAGCCAGGAGGGUAAAGGUGAAGUCAAGAUUAUUCAAGCUAUCAACAUAUUCUGUGAUAAGCAGGAUGGUCUGGAAGCUCUAACACGGCGAUGAAGGCCUCCUACAUACAUGAUAUCACAGAUAUCUAAGGGUUGUACUACAUGUAGGUAGCAUCGAUAGUAAUAGGUAAUGAGAUGACAAGUUCUGUUCAUCUCUGAUGGAUAAAGUGCAAUUGGGAACUCGAUCUUAGGUAUUUGUGACACGGGCCAGAAAUUGAUCCCUGUUAUCUUGCCGCGGCA